UUUUCAGUGCAAUUAGGAAAAAAUAAACAAAUUCACGGAGAUAUAUACAAUCUGAAAAACCGGAGAAUCGUUCAAUCGAAAAAGAGGACCAGAAAUGGCGUGCAGAACUGUUGUGUUUCGUUCGGUGCUGCUAACGGAGCCAUGGCGACCCGUCAAUCUUCGUCGGAGCUCCGUUUUGGCUUCUUUCAGGAUUUUCAGCUCUCCGGCGACCGGUAUCGCCGGAAAUUUCAGUAUCUCUAGGGCUCGAGAUUCUCACCCGGCGAAAGGGAUUCUCCUCAGAUGUUGCCACAACGAAACCCCAAAAUCGUGGUCAUCGUCUUCGUCUCAGGACGAACAAGGUCCGCCUCAGGAAGCAGUUCUGAAAGCCAUUUCAGAGGUUUCUAAGACGGAAGGUAGGGUUGGGCAGACGACGAAUGUGGUCAUUGGAGGUACGGUGACUGAUGAUUCUACAAACGAAUGGCUCGAAUUGGACCAGAAGGUGAAUUCGUAUCCAAUGGGUAGGGGAUUUACUGCAAUUGGUACAGGAGGUGAGGAUUUUGUACAAGCCAUGGUGUUUGCCGUUGAAUCAGUAAUACAAGAACCUAUUCCCGAGGGCCGCGUGAGACAUAAGUUAUCGUCAAGGGGCAAAUAUGUAUCUGUAAACAUUGGACCUGUUCAAGUAAUUUCUAGUGAACAGGUUCAAGCUGUUUACAACGCCAUGAGGAGAGAUGACAGGAUGAAAUACUUUUUGUAGGAUGUUUCUCAUACUAUGUACAUAACUUCAAUUUUCUGGGGCUUUGUAAUUGGCUAUGUGCGUUUUUCAAUUCCCUUAGCCAACGCUUAUUGUCAGUCCGUUUGCAUUUUCUUAGUCAUUCAUGUUGUCGCAGUGGGCAGAGAAAUCUUGGUUCUAAUUUAAUCCUUGUAUUUGCUCAA